CUCCCUCUCCCCCUCUCCCCCUCUUUCCCUCCUCCGGCAGACCCUCCCCAUCCCCUCUCCCGCCAUCAUGUCUACCCUUAACUUCCGGAUCAGCGCCGCUGCGCGAUCGCAGGUCCCGAAGGCACUGCUGGACCGUCUGGCCGCUGCCGAGCAGGCGGCCAAGCGCACCACUCCCAAGCUUAUUUUCGGGCUUUGGAAUCACAAUACGCACCUGCUGCAGCGACACAAUGUCGGGGCGCUGGUGCUCGAUCACAUUGCCCGGGCCUCGGGGGUCCCCUUCAAGCGCCCGACCGCUCGAGCGAGCUUUGAAGUGGCCAAAAUCCCCCCCGCUGGGGUGGCCAUGGCGUUGGCGUCGGCCCGGAAGCUGUUGGAGAUCGGCUCGCUUGGCACGCCCCAGCGACCGGGAGUCAACCUGGAGUCUGCUGCCUCGUCGUCCUCCUCAAGCAUGGGUCGGUCGCAGUCCAUCUUUUCACUGCCUACCGGCAGCAUCAGUCCGGGGGAGGUGAUUCUCGUGCGGAAUGUCUCCUUCAUGAACACCUGCGGGCCAUCAUUUCGCAAUGCCAUGAAAAUCUUCAAUGUCUCCGACCGCGAGUGUGUCAUCGUCCAGGAUGAUUUGGACAUUGCCUUCUCCGUCCUUUCGGUGAAGCAAGGCAGUGCCCGUGGUCACAAUGGCAUCCGGUCAAUUGUCGAGGCCACCGGCAUGAAGGACCUCCUCCGACUGGGUAUUGGUAUUGGGAGGCCGCCCGCUAAUGCGCGUGUAGCGGACUUUGUCCUGCGUAACUUUACCCCUACCGAAGCGUCAACCCUCAUGAAGCAGUCCAUCCCACAGGCGACCAUCACACUGCUCGAGGAGGGCUUCCUGUGGCACCAGGCCGCCGACGAAGAGCUGAAGGCCGCUCGAAAGGCGGUGUCUGAAGCCGUGGGGCGCAUGCGCCGGGAGCGUCGCAAGAAGGCCACCGAGGCCGCCGAGGCCGCCGAGGCCGCCGCUGUUGCCUUGGCAUCCACCGAGCAGAUCGCCGCCUCCGGGGGGACGGUCCCAGAGGGCCAGGAUCUGGCCGCCGAGCAAGAGUCCCCCAACCAACUGACUGGACAGAUCACGCCCCCGUCGAUUGCCGCCGGUGCAUAGUCGACGUGACCAUCAUAUACACGUGACCGAUUGUGGCCUAGGGUCCCAGGCUGUCGUUCUGCCGGGGUUUCCGGCGUCCGCUUGCCGGUUGAAAAAUGCAUAGCUCGAAAUGCCCGC